AAACCACGCAACACAUACAACAUUUCUUUUUUCCUUUUCCAGAUACUCGCCACGUGUCUUUCCUUUUCUACAAUUACAAUUAUUACAACACCUCAGUCUCGUCUUUGUUUUCAUUUUCAACUUACCACAAGAGAAUAACACGCUCUCAACUGUUAACCUAUCUCUCACAAUUUCCUCUUCUAAACGUUUUUCAUUAAUCUCUUAUUUUACUAUCAAUUCCUAAAAUGGCGGAACACAAGUCAACCAUUGCAAAAGAUGUCACUGAAUUGAUUGGAAAAACUCCACUGGUAUAUCUCAACCAUGUUGUGGAUGGUUGCGUUGCUCAAAUUGCUGCCAAGCUAGAAAUGAUGGAACCUUGCUCCAGUGUCAAAGAUAGGAUAGGAUAUAGCAUGAUUGCAGAUGCCGAGGAGAAAGGACUCAUUAGACCACAAGAAAGUGUCCUCAUUGAGCCUACUAGCGGAAACACUGGCAUUGGUUUGGCAUUCAUGGCAGCUGCUAAGGGUUAUAAACUUAUCAUAACCAUGCCUGCUUCAAUGAGUCUUGAGAGAAGAACCAUUCUUCGCGCUUUUGGUGCUGAGUUAGUUCUUACAGAUCCAGCUAAAGGUAUGAAAGGCGCUGUUCAGAAAGCUGAAGAGAUACUUGCAAAGACUCCUAAUGCUUAUAUUCUUCAGCAAUUUGAAAAUCCUGCAAAUCCAAAGGUUCACUACGAAACCACGGGACCAGAGAUAUGGAAAAGCUCUGGUGGAAAAGUCGAUGCCCUCGUUUCUGGUAUAGGGACUGGAGGUACAGUAACAGGUGCCGGGAAAUAUCUGAAAGAGAAGAACCCUGAUAUUAAGCUAUAUGGCGUUGAACCACUUGAAAGUCCAGUAUUGUCCGGAGGGAAACCUGGCCCUCAUAAGAUCCAAGGAAUUGGUGCUGGCUUCAUCCCUGGUGUUCUGGAUGUUGACUUGCUUGAUGAAGUAAUCCAAAUAUCUAGCGAAGAAGCUAUUGAAACUGCUAAAAUUCUUGCAUUAAAAGAAGGUUUGCUGGUGGGGAUAUCAUCAGGUGCUGCCGCAGCCGCUGCAAUUAAGAUUGCAAAGAAGCCAGAAAAUGCUGGAAAACUCAUUGUUGUUGUUUUCCCGAGCUUUGGAGAGCGUUAUCUAUCAUCUGUGCUCUUUGAAUCUGUGAAGCGAGAAGCGGAGAACAUGAUCUUCGAGCAUUGAACUUACAUAGUAAAAACCAUUUGAAUUAAUUUUUUGCUUCUCAAAUUUGAAGUGGGAGGCAAUGGUAUUAUCUCAUGUUGCAGUUUGUGUUUGAACCAUCAGAUGUGCCUUUUCAGUUACUCAUCUUUGUAAAUUCAAAUUCAUUAAUGCUGUUAGAAAUGUGCGUUUGAAAUAAUGGGAAAGGAAAUCUGGAAUUUUAGCAAAAGGGAUUCAUUGUCACAUUUUAAGUGUGGAAAAAUGGAGAAUUUUGGGUUCGAA